AUGCCGCCUCAGAAACCAGAUAUCGAGGCUACAGACCCCGAUCUUUCAGGCAACAGCAGCAAGCGUUCUUUGAAAGAUGCACAGUUCACCGAAGAUGCUCACACGCGACGUGCUUCCGUCGCUAGCGCGACCCGCAAGGCGUCCGUUGCUGCAAAGCUUCGCAACCCCCUUGCUGGGAUGACCGAGCAGGAAGUGUUACGCGACGUCGAUGCUUGGGUCGAAGAGAAAGGACUUGCGGAGUAUCGAGACGAGUUUCAGAAGGGUGCGCUCAUUGCAAGGACCGGGCAGCGCGAUGAUGGGUUUGAAUACGUGAGUCAAUUGAGCGAGGAAGAGAAAGGCUUGCUACGACAUGAGAUUACGCAUCGAUGGGAUCAUCCGUUCAUGCUGUACUUCUUAGUCGUGUUGUGCGCUGGUUCUGCUAUCGUUCAAGGUAUGGAUCAGACAGCUGUGAACGGUGCGCAGCUCUACUACUUUGACGAGUUCAACAUCACGAACGAAUGGCAACAAGGUCUCCUCAAUGGGGCGCCCUACCUCUGUUCUGCGCUGAUCGGCUGCUGGACCAACGCACCGCUGAACAAAUUGUUCGGUCGUCGUGGCACCAUCUUCAUUUCUUGCUUCAUCUCGUUUGCAACCGGAUUCUGGAUGGCGGCGGCCGACAGCUGGUACAAUCUUCUCAUCGCACGCUUUGCUUUAGGAUUCGCUGUUGGCGCUAAGUCCUCCACCACUCCUGUGUAUGCUGCAGAGAGUGCCCCGAAGACUAUUCGAGGUGCUCUCACCAUGAUGUGGCAAAUGUGGACGGCCUUCGGAAUCAUGCUCGGUUUCGUCGUAAGCGUAGCAUUCGAGAACGUCGACUUCAUGGGAGAGUACAGCCAAUGGCGAUGGAUGCUUGCAUCGACGAGUAUCCCGCCUUUCUUGGUCAUGGUCCAGGUUUAUCUAUGUCCCGAGUCUCCGCGAUGGUAUAUGGAGAAGGGCAAGUACGACAAAGCCUUCGAUGCCCUAUGCCGUCUACGAAAGCACAAGAUUCAGGCAGCCCGCGAUAUGUACUACGCCCACAAGCUCCUCGAGGUUGAGCAGGCCGAGCGAGAGGGCAAGAGCUUAUUCAAAGAGUUCUUCAUGGUAAAGCGCAAUCGUCGAGCUGCACAGUCAUCCUUCUUCGUUAUGUUCAUGCAGCAGUUUUGUGGAGUGAAUGUCAUCGCCUACUACAGUUCCACGAUCUUCGAGCAAGCGGGAUUUUCUCGCAGCAACGCUCUACUCGUGUCUUUUGGCACGGGCGUCACGAAUUGGCUCUUCGCUAUCCCAGCAAUCUACACCAUCGACACUUUCGGCCGCCGUAACCUGCUACUGACCACCUUCCCACUGAUGGGUCUUUGUCUCCUCUGGUGUGGAAUGUCUUUCUUCCUACCCCUCGACGCCGAAGGCGAACCCACCCAGGGUCGUCUGGCGAGUAUCGCCGCCGCAAUCUUCACAUUCAUGGCUGUCUACUCGCCCGGCGAAGGUCCUGUUCCAUUUACAUACAGUGCCGAAGCGUUCCCGCUGUAUAUCCGCGACAUCGGCAUGUCCUUCGCCACAGCGACAUGCUGGGGCUUCAACUUCAUCCUGUCGCUUACAUGGCCGCCACUUGUGCGAGCGUUCACACCUCAAGGCGCAUUCGGAUGGUAUGCUGCAUGGAACUUCUUCGGCUGGGUGUACUGCUACUUCCUGUUGCCCGAGACGAAGAACCUCACACUUGAGGAAUUGGACAGCGUGUUCAAUGUAGGAAACAAAGAGUUUGCCAAGUACUACGCGGAGAAGCUGCCGUGGUACAUGCAAAAGCACGUCUUGAGAAAAGAUGUGCCGCCUAUGGAGCCGCUGUACCAGUUUGACGAUGAGACGCCUGGUAUGUUCGAGGAGAGGAUGAAGGCUUGA